CGGGGAUGGGAAUCCGAGCGGGGAUUUUUGACGGGCAAAUUUUGCCCUUCAUCAUCGUUUCCCGCGAGGAUCCCCAUUCUCCACCAAUUAAUAUCAGAUGGCUUCGACAACACCAGCAAAUGAUUCCAGCCACAGUAGCAAAGCAGAUAGAUCUGACAACAACAGAGCAGAUAGAUCUGGCAACAACAGAGCAGAUGCAUCCAGUAGUAGCAGAGCAGAUGGCUUCGGCAAUAGCAAUAGAGUAGAUGGAUCCAACAACAACAGAGUAGAUGGCUUCAGCAGCAGCAGAAGAGAUGGAUUCGGCAGCAACAACAGCAAAGCAAAUGUCUUCAGCAGCAGCAGCAGAGCAGAUGGAUCAGGCAACAACAAAGUAAAUGGCUUCAGUAGUAGUAGAGGAGAUGGAUUCGACAGCAAGCUUCGGUAGCAACAACAGCAGAGGAAACUAAGAAGGUGACAUGGGUGAGCCGCAGACAAAGAGAUUGAGAGUGAGAUCGUGAGUGAUGAGAAUUAAAAUAAAUUAUGAAUAAGGUUAAAUGUAGGGGAAUGGGUUGGGUUGGAUAGUAUUGGGUUAAGUUUAUUUGUAAUUGGCUUGGAUUUGGGUUUGGAUUUAGGUUUGGGUUUGAGUUUGAGUUUAACGAAUAAAUUAAUUUUAAAAUA